AUGGCAUCAAACAUCAGCCAUGUCUCUAGGGUUCGAGCCCUGUUCAAAGCUAUCCUAAAGCUGCACAGAGGGCUACCAUUGGAGAUGAGGUCUCUGGGAGACAAUUAUGUGAGAGAAGAAUUCCGUGCCCAUAAAAGUGCCCAGCCACAGGAGGCGGACAUCUUCAUGCAGGAAUGGACAAAAUACUACGUAACCUUGGCAAGACAACUGAGACAGAGACAGAAGCAGCCUGACAUUGGGCAGCAUUUGUCUCCAGAAAUGUUGGACAAUUUUCGAGAUGAACAACUUGGGCAACUCCAUGAGCUGUUCACAGCAACAACCAAAUCGGAUCCACUAGAGAGUACAUUUAGUUCUGACAAGGGUAGAUAG